GGAACAUUCAUCACUAUUUUUCCUAGUCUUCCUUUCUGGUCAGCGUUUAGAAUAUCAUGGCGACACCGAUGAAUGUUGUCCACGAUUUCCCUGGCGCUGUAUCUAUGUCGUUUCUUCGUUAUGCUGUUCUGUCUGCCGUCGUCGCAUUGUUGCUCAGACGGGUAUUUGGAUGGAAUUCUGUCACCUUAAAGAAUCAGAAGAGGAAGCCGGCGACGGCGCCUAGUUUGAUUCCAUUCAUAAGUCACACUAUUGCCAUUGCCAGUGGUGGUGAGAAGCUAUUCUCGACAUUCAAACAAUACUGUGGUCUCACGUCUCCAAUCCGCUUUCGAAUGCUAGGACAGGACUUGAUCCUACUCUCCGCAUCCGACAUCAGAAAGACAGUGCACAACCCGCACGUCUUCACCGACAACAAGCUGCGAGCCCGCUUCAUCUCCAACGUCUUCGGCAUUCCACAGGCUGCAGCGGACGUAGUGGGCGUCGACAACUCUGGCUCCGCGAUUCGUCCGACGCCUGGGAGCAAUGUCGCUCCCGACCGCAGAAUUGUCAGGAUGCAGCAGGAGACUGCGUUUGAUUUCUUGCAGUCCAAGGACGGCAUAAGUACUUUUCUCGACAAGUUCGUCGGGUUCCUCGAGCAAGAGAUCGCCACUAAGAAGAUCGGGGAGGAGUGGAAGGAAUUCGACGAUUUCUUCGACUUCGUAAGGAAGACGAGUUCGACGGCGGUCAUGAAUGCCGUGUGUGGACCUCGCCUUAUGCAAAGGUGUCCUAAAUUCGUAGAUGCAUUCUGGACAUUCGACGAGAACGUUCAUUUGUUACACAUUCAGCUUCCGAAGUUCUUCAUUCCUAAGGCGUACGAGGCGCGCCAGGUGUGUCUCGAUGCGCUAAAGGAGUGGAAGCGCAAUGCGAUCGAGACAACUAAGGGUAAUACGUAUACGAAAGAGGACCGAUGGGAUGAGACGUGGGGACUGCAGGUCAUGAGGACGAGGAACGGCCUUUACGAUCGGUUCAAAGAGUAUCACAGUGAUGCAGCCAGGGCAGGAUCCGAUUUGGGCAUCGUUUGGGCAUCAAACGACAAUUUAAUACCAGCUGCAUUCUGGCUUGUCCAGGCCCUGGUCAAGUCUCCCGAACUACGGGAUCGCUGUUUAGUUGAGAUCAACGAAGCACGAUUGCCAGCAGUGGACGGCGACGGACUGCCGAGGUUCGACACAGAAAUUUUGAUUAAGCAGCCACUGCUGCAAUCGGCGUAUCAUGAAGUGCUUCGGACGCAAGUCACAAGUUUCAUAGCGAGAGAUGUAGAGCAGGAUUUCGUUCUAGGCGAUCACCUGCUGCCCAAAGGGUCGUAUGCUCUCACCGUUCCUUGGGUAGAAAACCACAAUAAGGAACGUUGGGAGAGUAGACCGGGAGCGACUGGCCAUCCCGUAGAGGAGUUCUGGCCAGAGAGAUUCUUGGUGCCGAAGAAAGAUGGCGAGGGAGCCGAGUUCUCGCUCAAGGGGCUUGAGGGAUCUUUCUUCCCAUUUGGUAUGGGUCACCAUAUCUGUCCAGGAAGACAUUUUGCCACGCGUGCGAUAUUGAAUUUGGUUGCUACUCUCGUGACUGCGUUCGAAUUUGAACCAGUUGAAAAAGAGAGUUGGAAAGAUCCAGGGCAGAACCCUCAGACUUUCGGUUAUACGCCUUUCAGGCCGACAAAAAAGCUUCCAUUCAGGGUCAGGAAGGCAGUGUAAGAAUACGGUAGAUAAAUGUAGCGCAGUGUAGUGUAGAUCAAUUUUUGCACAUCACAUGUACGUGCGUG